GAGGAGACGCACCGGCAACGUGUCCCUGUCAUGGCAGCAGCGUUCUGCCUGGUUCCUUGAGCAGAUGGCCAUAGGCAAGCAGAGCCUUACUUCCUCUUCGUGGACCGACGAAAUGCUUUGACUGAUGCCUUUAAAGAGACCCGCAGCCGGUCUCGCCUUCUGCUUGUUCUUCUUGGCCUCUUAUUUCACCAACAAGUAUGUCUUGUCUGUCUUGAAAUUCACCUACCCUACUCUUUUCCAAGGAUGGCAGACACUAGUUGGUGGAUUUCUCCUACACAUUUCCUGGAAGAUCGGCUGGGUAGAAAUCUCCAUCAGCUCAAGGUCAGAUGUUCUGUCGUGGCUUCCAGCGUCUGCACUUUUUGUGGGCAUCAUUUACUCAGGUUCCAGGGCCUUAUCCAGAUUGCCAAUUCCUAUCUUUCUUACCUUACACAAUGCUGCAGAAGUUGUAAUGUAUGGAAUCGAAACGUUUGUGCAGAAAGAGCAGAUAUCUUCUAUUAAAAUAUGUAGAAUGCUGACUCUUCUGGUGGCAGCAGGAUGCCUUCCUUUUUAUGAUCCACAGUUUGAUACAGAUGGCUAUUUUUGGGCAUUUAUACAUGUGCUAUCUGUUGGUGCUUACAAGGGUUAUCACAAGUCAUGGAACCCUAGUUCUCUAAGUAUCUCAGAGCAACAAUAUAUAAACUAUGCAUUCAGUGUGGUGAUGUUGGCUUUUGCAUCCCACCCAACAGGUGAUCUCUUCAGUGCCUUGGAAUUUCCAUUCCUCUACUUUUACAGGUUUCACAGCAGUUGUUUUGCCAGUGGAGUAUUGGGAUUCUUUCUGGCUUAUCACACCAUGAAACUUAAAAACAGCACGUCAGCUGGACAGUAUGCAGCUUGGAGCUUCCUAGCAAAGGUUAUCACAGCUGGCCUAUCUCCAUUCUUCUUUGAAAUUACAGUGAAUGUACCUACAGUCUGUUGCCUUUUGCUUGCAGGAUUUGCAGAAGUCUUACUUCUUUACACUGAAAGGAAUGGCACGUGAAUGCAAGGGUCGUUGAAAAUGAAGAAAAUAGUGAAAUAAUUUUCAUCAGAAGUAACAUUGACAAUGGCUAAAA